GGGGCGGCGGCCGUGGCGGCGCCCGGAGACCCGCGGCGGCUGCACCGGCUGGUGCAGGCAGGCCGGCUGAGCGCCCUGCGGGAGGAGCUGCGCGCGGGCGGCCCGGGGCGCGCCGGGGACCCCCUGCUGCACUGCGCCGCCCGCCACGGGCACCGGGACGUGCUGGCCUACCUGGUGGAGACCUGGGACCUGGACGUGGAGGCCGCCGACCGCGACUACAAGCGGCCUCUGCACGAGGCUGCGGCGCAGGGCCACCGGGACUGCGUGCGGUACCUGCUGGGCCGGGGCGCGGCGGUGGACUGCCUGAAGAGGGCCGACUGGACUCCUUUGAUGAUGGCUUGCACAAGGAAGAAUCUGGAGGUGAUCCAGGACCUCGUGGAACAUGGCGCCAACCCACUUCUGAAGAACAAAGACGGCUGGAACAGUCUCCACAUUGCCAGUCGAGAGGGUGAUCCUCUGAUCCUCCAGUACUUGCUCACAGUUUGCCCUGCUGCCUGGAAGACAGAGAGCAAAAUCGGGAGAACCCCUCUGCACACGGCAGCAAUGCAUGGCUGUUUAGAGGCAGUAAAGGUGCUUCUACAGAGGUGCCAGUACGAAGCCGACUGCAGAGACAGGUGCGGCUGCACACCCUUCAUGGACGCCGUUCAGUGCGGCCACGUCGACGUAGCCAGGCUGCUGCUCAAGCAACACAAGGCUUGCUGGGCCGUGCGGGACGCCCUGGGCGCUCAGGCCAUCCACAAGGCGGCCGUCACCGGGCAGGACCAGGCUCUCCGCUUCCUGGUCUCGGAGCUGGGUGCUGACGUGGACGCAAGGACAGAGCCCACCCGCCUGGCACCGCUGCAUUUCGCUGCUAAGGAAGGACACGUGAGCACAAUCCAGGUGCUCCUAUCCUUGGGUGCCGACAUCAACUCCAAAGACGAAAGGGACCGAUCAGCCCUGCACCUGGCCUGUGCGGGCCAGCACGCUGCCUGCGUGGAGCUCCUCCUGCGGUCCGGGCUGCGCGACUCUCCCGACGACUCGGGCGCCCUGGCCAGGCAGCUCACCCACAGCGCGGACAUCCUUCGGUGCUUCGACCACCAUGCCACAUCCUGAGGACGCACAACCACAUGCACGGUGACCCGCUCCUGCUCCUUCCGUCGCUGGGGUCCCCAGCCUGCGGCCCCUCUCUGCCAAGACCCCAGGCCCUGAGGGCUCCAGGCUCUGUGACCCGCAUGCGGGCAGAUGGGAAGCACUUGGGGUCUUUCCAUGAUCCAGAGUCUGCCUCUCCUGCCCUUUACCUGAAAUUGAGGGAUGUUCAUGAAGUCAGUGUCAGAGCCCUGAGAGAAGCAUGUGAUGCGCAUAAACAUAACAGAGAACGUGUUUUAUGAGGAACGUUAUGGGGAAAGGCAGUGGCAAUACUGAACCAUACAAGAGAUUGCUGUUAGUUUGAGCUGCAAACACAACUGACCUGCUGCUUCCUUCCUUCUUGGGCUGCUUCUUGGCCGUUGCAGUGGUUUCACCUUGGGUUUUGUAGCCAGGAAGGAGAGGCCUGCACAAGCGUUUGCACGGAAAUAAUGGAAAUAUUUGUGCAUUCUAAGCGCUACUAGUUAAGCCAGAACAUUUUAAUCUCAAGGUUAUUUUUACUUAAUGGUUCUGUGUUGGCUUCCUUCAGAUAAUAAACACAUCUAAAAAAUGCA